UUGACAAGCAAACAGAAGAAGUUCCUAGACCAAUGGUACGAAGACUUCGUGCAACAUCCGUCUCAAUCCACCACUCCCCACGAGUCCUUGAUAGCAUUGGCAAUCCUCAUCCAAGCUCGGCCACAGCUCAUACACGAGUACAUCUCGAAUAAAUACUCCAGCACCACGCACGAACCUGCAACUUGCCCGACGCUUAAAUCUACCUCACUUCAGCCUCAUUCAUCUACAGAGCCAUACUCUCUUACAAGAGCCAACAAUCACCUCCCAUCUGCAACCCUCGCUCUGGUAGAGAAAUUCAUCUCUACCUGCCACCGCCGCCGCCCCCCAACAGACGGCCGUCGCACCGUCAACUCAGGCCCCUUCCGCUGCAGCUUCAGCUGCGGAUACCGCACAAAACGCGUCUUCGACUGGCGACGCCACGAAGAAACGCACGAACCACAGGAACUAUGGCUAUGUGCGCUUUGCUGCCAAGUCAAAGGCGACACACAAUCAGAAGGGGACCUUUAUCCUCAGAAUCCCUUCUUGGUCAAUCGCAAAGACAAGUUCCUGAGACACGCGAAGGACGCGCAUCAGCAGUGGGUGCCGGAAACGGUGCUCGAGAUGAGUCGCGUGGGGUAUCGACCGAGGGUUGGGGGGAAGUGUGAAGUUUGUGGGGGUGCGUGGGAGAGUUGGGAUGAGAGGUGUAAACAUCUAUUGGGGCAUUUUGAGGAUGAGAUUGAGAGGGGGUGUAAGAGA